AUGGCACAGCCCGCAGCCGAUACCGACAUGCUCGAGAAAUCCAAUGAUGGCCGUCUGCAGGUCGCCAUCAUUGGCGGGGGGAUCAUUGGACUGGCCCUUGCUACUGGCCUUCUCCAACGCAACAUCGAUUUCACGAUCUACGAGAGAGCCAGUGCCUUUCGCGAGAUCGGGGCUGGCAUCGGAUUCACCCCAAACGCUGAAAGAGCUAUGAGAUUGCUCAAUCCCGCCAUCCAUGCCGCUUACCGAAAGGUUGCCGUGCAGAAUGACGAAGAUUACUUUUACUACAUGGACGGAUACAACUACAGCAGCGAGAGAUCAGAACAUGAAGAAACCAUGCUCAAGCUGUACUUGGGUGAACGAGGGUUCGAAGGGUGUCGAAGGUCUGAUUUCAUGAACGAAAUGGUGAAAUUAAUUCCAGAGCGUGAUGUGCAGCUCAACAAAGAGCUGAUUUUUGCAACUGAGAGAGAAGAUAGUGGACUCAUUCAUCUGAUGUUCAAGGACGGCUCAACUGCAACGGCUGACGUUGUGAUUGGUUGCGACGGUAUUCAUUCAAAGAUGAGGGAACUGUUGCUUGGCCAAGACCAUCCGUCCUGCACACCUUCCUAUAGUCAUAAAUACGCCAUCCGAAGUCUCGUUCCGAUGGAAAAAGCCCGGGCCACCCUUGGAAUAUUCAAGACGUCGAAUCGUGUCAUGCAUUGUGGUCCAAAUGCUCACGUCCUGACAUUCCCUGUAGCAAACAACACGCUACUGAAUGUGGUUGCUUUCGUCACCGACCCACAAGACUGGACGGUACCAGAUGGGAAAUUUGUGGUUCCCGCUGCCAAAUCAGAGGCUAUAAAGGCAUUCUCAGGAUUCAGCCCAGUUGUCCAGGGCCUGAUGAAUCUACUGCCCGAGGACCUUGACAGAUGGGGAGUUUUUGACACAUAUGAACGUCCUGUACCUUCCUAUGCAAAUGGUCGCCUUUGCCUUGCCGGAGACGCGGCCCAUGCUUCGUCUCCUCACCACGGUGCCGGUGCGGGAAGUGGUAUCGAAGACUGUCUUACAUUAACUACACUUCUGCAAACCGUGUCUGAGCGAAGCAAGCUUCGUAGACCUAAUGCCCUUCGUGUCGCACUCCAAGUGUACAACGAUGUGCGUUACGAUCGCUCUCAGUGGAUCAUGGACACGAGCAGAGCUGUCGGCGAGAUCUACGAAUUUCAAGGCUCGAGUUGUGGCUCGGAUCACGCUAAGAUCGCUCGCGAGAUUCAUGAUCGUUCGCACCAAAUUUGGGAUUAUGACAUCGAUGCUAUGGUCAAUGAUACAAAGAGGCGUUUCGAAAAAGCGAUGAAGGAGAUCCCUCCUUCAGUGGUAAUCGAAUUAGGCUCUGAGCCUGACGACCAACCUGCUACUCCACAUCCGUGGCUGGACGGAAUACGUUUGUAA